CAUAAAUGCCUCACCGUGAGACGGUGCGGUUUCAAAAGUGAACAAUAUCUUCAGAGGGGCACGGACGAGAUCUCCUUUUUCAAAAUAGAGCUUAAGCCGGUGGAUCCGUCAAACUGGACUUUCCACUUUUCGGUAUCCUCUUUAUUUGGCUUUUGGUUCUUCACGGAUUUGUCGAGGAAUUACAGGUGAAUGAAUAACAUAUGUUAUCAGAGGGAGAUUUUGUGUAGCUUGAGCAAGGUCGAGACCUGCUUGUCUACAUGCAGACAAGUUCCUUUUUGUUAAGAUCAUAGUAGUGAAGAUUUAAAUACAGAGAACGAUGGCUACAGAGGAUGGCUCGGAAAAUGUGAACGUUCACAGCACGGAGUGUCUGACUCAAGAGGAAUACGAGCGUAUCUCCGAGGAGCAUUUGAAAAAAUGUUGCAGUAUAAAUUGGAAAAUUGGGCCGAUUCGAAUCGAGCUGAACCCCAUCGUCACCAUCGCUUCGGGGAUCGUCAUUUGGGGUUUGGUGGCCUGGUGUUGCGCGGACCCCAUUGGGUCCUUCAACCUUUUGACCCCGGUUAUGUUGUGGAUUACCAAAACCUGGACCUGGCUUUACAUCGGAACCCAGGAUGUCUGGGCGCUGUUGAUUAUCGCCAUUUAUUUCUCGAAAUACGGCAAUCUAAAACUGGGCCGUCAAAAUGAAGAGCCAGAAUUCAGCGAUGCCGCCUACUUCACCAUGUUGUUUGCGGCCGGGAUUGGAAUCGGUCUGUUCUACUUCGGAGUGGCAGAGACGAUGUUUCACUACGAACCGGGGCCUUACGGAAAUCGUUACUGGAACAGGUACUCGGACAACCAGAGAGCGCAGGACGCCAUCAACCUGACGUACUUCCACUGGGGAAUCCACGGCUGGAUCGUCUACGUCAUUCUCGGUAUGCUGUUGUCUUUCAUCUGCUACCGGAGAGGUCUGCCCAUGUCAGUGCGAUCCUGCUUCUACCCGAUCCUCGGAGAGCGAAUUUUCGGCUGGCUUGGAGACCUGAUCGAUACAUUGUCCGUAGUCUGCACGAUGUUCGGCGUGUGCACCAGUCUGGGACUUGGCGCCAUGCAGCUCAACAGGGGGCUUAAUAGAAUGAACUCGGAUAUUGUCUACGGCAUCAACACGCAAAUCAUCCUCAUCUGGGUCAUUACUCUGAUGGCUACAGCUUCAGUCAUCAGCGGUCUCAAAGUCGGCAUCAAACUGCUCAGCGAAAUCUGCUUUCUCCUCGGCAACUUCAUCAUGCUCAUUUGGUUGUUCUACGACGACACGUGGUACAUGCUCAACGCCGUUGUUCAGAGCGUCGGUUAUUACGUACAGAACAUCAUCGGCUUAGGGUUCCAUACGGACGCUUUUGCUCAGAUGAACAACGCUCCUGAUGGAAAGUCCGCUCCAAACUGGCUCAACGACUGGACCAUCUUCUACUGGGGCUGGUGGAUCGCCUGGGCUCCAUUCGUCGGCAUGUUCAUCGCCAAGAUCUCCCGCGGUCGAACCAUCAAGCAGUUCAUCAUGCACACCAUGACUGUCCCCUGCAUCUAUAUCUUCUUCUGGUUCGGCAUGUUUGGAGCCGCUGGCAUCAAGAUGGAAAGAGAGGCCGUCCUAGCCAAUAUCACCUGCGAUUCUGAAUUUGGAGGAAAGAAUUCCACCGCACCAUUCAACGGGUUGUACCGACUGUCUUGCAGGGACUCGACUGACAUGUGGUUUGAUUUAAUGGAAAGUUUCCCUGCUCUGUAUCCCUUCCUGGCUAUCAUCUCUCUCAUCGGUAUCAUCCUCUACUUCGUCACCAGCUCAGACAGCGGCUCUCUCGUCAUCGACAGUUUAGCAGCCAACGGACACCCAGAUCCUCCCAGACUGCAGCGAAUCUUUUGGGCCUUCACUGAAGGGGCAUGUGCCACGGGCCUGUUGGUGUCCGGCGGGGACCAGGGUCUCAAAGCCCUCAGGGUUGUCUCCAUCGCCGCCGGACUUCCCUACACGAUUGUCUUGAACUUCAUGUGCAUCGCGCUCUGGCGAGUGUUACAAAUUGAAGGAGGAGAUCUCGAUCCAGACGGACCGGCCUUCACUCACGAUCUUUUCAACAUCUUUGAGAGCGCUAAGCGUUUCGUAGGAUUCCUCGUCGCCAUCGUAGCGCCGUGGUUCUCUGUCGGCCGAGCGCACGCCAAAAUCACAAACACACGCGGCUGGGCCAACAUGUUCACCCUAGCGUUCCUCUUCUACGCAGCGAUCAUCUUAGUUGUCCUGGAAGCUGCCUACGCCGGCCUGGCAUACAUCGGCGGUGCCAUCUACUUCGGUUUCGCGGGAGCUGCUGCACGGACUAGGAUUCAAAUGAGAGAAGACCUGGGUAUAAAUGGAAACAUGAUCGAAGAUUUCUUCGCCGUUUUGAUUCUCUAUCCCUUCGCCGCUCUGCAGAUGGACGACCAUAUGAACGAUAUGAUCGAUGUGGAGAUCCUGAACGGCAACGUGCAGGCCAUGGAAGACAUGCCCCCAAAAUACGCCGAAAUGGAAGACGGGAUAGACAACCCGGCUUUUAAGUCUAACGGUGGUGCCAAUGGCAUCGAGAAAAAGGCUGAAGCGGAAAACUCGCGUCUCUAA